CAGCAGCAGCAGCAGCAUCUCGGGCUGCGGAUCUAACCCUCCCGUUCUCCCUCCGCGAUCGGAGCCGCGGACGUCACUCCUCCAUCCGGGAAGCGGAGCCGCGGGUCCGCCGGUGUCCUCCUCUGCUCCCGCUGCGCCACAGCAACAGCCUCCCUCCACAGCAGGUAGAACAGCCCACAUCAAACUGCAGCCAUGGACGAGAUGGACCUGCCCCAGAUGAAGAAGGAGGUGGAGAGCCUGAAAUACCAGCUGGCCUUCAAACGGGAGAAGUCCUCUAAAACUGUAACCGAUUUGGUGAAGUGGAUAGAGGAUGGUGUUCCAGAGGAUCCGUUCCUGAACCCAGAGCUAAUGAAGAACAACCCGUGGGUGGAGAAAGGGAAAUGCGUCAUCCUUUGAGGAAAAAGUUAUCCUCCGACUCCAAUCUUCCCAUCCUCGACCAACAGCGUCAACACACCGUAUCUAUUUAUAUCUUUGACCCCUGGAUCUCUCCCUCCUGACCUGUGAGGACACUGGCAGGACAAUGCCUUCCAACCUCUCACCAUGAAUGUACUUCAGCAGAACCCCCCCGACCUCUCUCCUACACAGCAAGGGCAUGGAAACACACUCUCACAUUUAUCACUUGGACUUUCUCAUCUCCACGUUCAUGCAGGUUGACUGCAGCCACGGCGGUUGGUAGUUACCUUCACAGGAGAGCAGGGUCAGCGUUUAAAGCUCAUCUAUAGCAACACCUGCUGGUUUUCAUGCAGUUUUUAUCUGUGCAGAUUUGAAUUAUUCUAUUCUAAUAAUGCUUGAUGAUUAUUAAGAAUCCCGUCAUCUCUUGAAAGCUGUCAGCACAACACGUUCUCACUCCUAUGUCGUCACUUAUUGACGUUUGGUUAAGGAUCCCUCCGCAUCACGGUUUGAUGUUUUGCGUGUCCCCAACUCGUCAUUUUUCGACGUACUGGCUGUUCCCAUCAAAUCACGGGUCCCCAAACUCCGGGCCACGAAACAGAACCUGUCCAGUACCGAGACGUGUAGCACACCGAAACCCAAACCUGGUACCGAAAUUGGACCAAAUGCGGUACAGAACCCAAACUGGGGCCAGAUGUGGUACCAGGUGCGUUAUCUGGUGCGUUAUCAGGUGUGUUACCGGGGGCGAACCGGCCCCCGGGACGCAUCCAGUACCGGUACCCUAACCCAGUACUGGUACCUUAACCUUAAACCGGUAUUGGUUCGCAUCCGGUAUUGUGUCCGUAAAUGCAUCUGGUACUGCAUCUGUUACUGCAUCCAGUACUGCAUCUGGUACCACAUCUGGUACUGCAUCCGGUACUGGAUCUGGUACCGCAUCCGGUACUGCAUCUGGUACUGCAUCCGGUACUGCAUCUGGUACUGCAUCCUGUACUGAUAACACAUCUGGUACCGCAUCCGGUACUUCAUCUGUUACUGCACCCUGUGCUGUAUCUGGUACCGCAUCCUGUACUUCAUCUGGAAUGCAACUGGUACUGUAUCCAGUACUUCAUCAGGUACUGAAUCCUGUACUUCAUCAGGUACUGCAUCCAGUGCUGCAUUCGGUACCGCACUCGAUACUGCAUCUUAUAUCACGUUCGGUAACACAUCCCGUUACGCAUCCGGUACCCCGUCCGGUACCACAUCCCGAGGGUUGCAGACUCUUGAUUUUACAAACAGCCAGAACAUCAAAAAAUGACGAGUUGGGGACACCCAAAGCGCUGGACACGUAGGGGUCCUUAACCAAACGUUCAUAUGUGGCGACUUGGAGAUAAGAAUGUGUGUGUGAGUGAAAUUUAUAUCACUUUGAUUCCUAAAGAUCAUCAGAACAGGUUUUUCUCUACCAUGUUUCAUGGUACAGAUGGAAAUUUAGAUUUCAUGUUUUUGAAGAUACAAAUCCUAAACAAAUUGUUUUGUUUUGUUGCUUUCAUACUGGUAAUACACGUACACUAUUCUGCCAAAAGUAUUCUCUUCCACCACUCUGCAUUCCUAUGAGCUGGAGUGACAUUGCAUUCUAAUCCAUGGGGUAUCAAAUAAUAGGCUCACUGUUCUGUGUUCCAAUGAGAUUCCUUCAUACCUGAGUGGCUCCUCCACGUCUUUUUGACUCUGCAUUGGUGGACAGUCAUGAUGCAAUAGGAAGGAUCGUUCUGAAAGAGAACGAUCCUACCAUGGCUAGAACAUUAAACUCUCCAACAUAUCUUCAUGUGUUGGAGAGUUUCUGUCUAAGGGAGCAAAGGAUGAACAUCCCACACCAUCAUAUCCCCUCCUCCACAUUUCAUAUUUGGCACAAUGCGAUCAAAAAGGAAGCGUCCUAUGGCAGCACGCUUUAUUGACUGCAUCCAACACCAUCCAUUUUCUAAACCCGUUAUAUCUCUUGGUGUUGCUGCAGCCUGUCCCCAUGUUGGAUGAAGUCAAGGUACACCCUAGGAACACUUUAGAGUUACCAAUCAACCUACGAACUCCACAGAAAGACUGAUUCAUGCGUCCUGCUGCUUCUUAUUUGUUGUAAUUCCACCGACAGAUGACUGGAAUAUAUGUGACCGUGGUCAUUUCAUGGUUAGAGUUUACGCUAACAUGGUAGCACACUGUAAUUCACUGAUUUCCUGAGUUCAGUCCAUUCUUUCAUAGAAGUGACUGAAACACCUGAAUAUCAUAUGGGAUGGUUAAGUGAAUACUUUUGGCAUUACAGUGUAGUUGUACAUACAACUUUCCAGAAAGCUUUUUGACAAAAUAAGAACCUGGACGCAAUGAUGGCUGUGAAACAAUAAUACUUUUUUUUCAUGAUAAAUUAAUUUUUUACAUUGGGAGAAGCAUGUUUUUUUUCCCCAACAUUUAUUUGCACUCAUUAACUGACUCCUGUUUUAAGGUUUUUGAAAAAUAAUUACGACUCAAAUGUAAAUUAUUGAUUGUUUUUUGCCCUUUCCACAAUCAAAGAUGUCGCAGCCUGUGACUCUGCCCCUCCCACACACUGUUAUUCACACACGUCUGCAGAUGUAUUUACAGUUGUGAAGGUGACCAAGGUUCAUUUAUCAGCUGUAUUGGUUUAUUUGAUCGACAGCUAACCCUAAACAACAUAUAUUGGAAAACUUCAAAGCACACUUUGUGAGUUAUUACAGAAACAUAUUUGAUAAAAAACUUUUACAGUCAACCGAUCUCUGCAUGUUGUCCUGAAAUAUUUCUUUACAAAUUGACUCCUUUUAUUCCAUGAUUUGUUGAAAGGAGAUUUAAGAGCAGAUUUCCGUCCUUAUAUCUGAAGCACAGACCCUCACCUGAUAUCUACUUCCCUGACUGUAAUCACCUUAAAAACACUAAAAAAUACAUUCAUCUUUUAACCUGUUUUCUUCACAUGUACUUUUUUGCUGUCGCUUGUAAAAAUCAAAACUUAACCUUUGUGGCAUUAAGUUAGCUGUUAAUUUCACACCAGCCCUGUUGUGCUGCCAGAGGACAAGCGAAAGCAGGCCUCUGGAAAAGGUUUGAAGUUUCUACGACAAGCAUGCAGACACGGAAACCGACCACGGCGACUCAAGCACACACUGUCUCUGAACAUGUACAGACAUACCCUUGUAACUUAUUAACUUAUUUAUUUAUUUAUUACGGAUGGGAACUUUCCCUCCCUUAAGUUUCCUGUUUUUGCACUCCUUUUAUUCUGGCGCCCAACUUAAAAAUAAAAAAUAAAAUAAAAAUCAAUGAAAAUAGACAAUAUUAUCCCUCCAGACUUUUGCUACAUCACCAUCUGAUACUGCCUUGUACACAGUUUCCUUAAAGUGAGAAUGUAAAUACGUGGCAUGAGGUGCAAACAUCGCUGACCUCAGAGCUGCCCCGUGUGCACGUGACGGCAACGGUCUGUUUAUGUGGGCUUAUUUUAGAAAAACUUGACUCCUUAAGGGGCUGUGAAGCAUCCAUGCAGCUGCACGUCACACGGGGCAGCCCAGCACAUCGACUAAACACACAGCUUUUUUAAAUCUUCAUGAAGGAGGAGUUGCAGGAACGUGAGGCUUUCUGAGGGACCAGGGACAGCAGAUCCUCCAGUCCUCUCUGUGCUGUGUUGAAUUUUACCAUCCAAACAUUUACAAAACUUAAAUUAUAGACUUUUUUUUUAUCAGUCUAAGCUUCUCAGAAUGCCCUUAAACAAAGCUAAAAUAGCAGACAAUAAAAUGAUCUGAAGACAAACUAAGUUUAAAGUUAAUCAAGCUAAAUAAAUAAAGUUAAAUAAUAAAAAUAACUACUGAAACCCAGCAAUGAUAAUUAAAGAUUAUCAGGUUUAUUAGCCUACCGCCUCUUCCACAGUGUACAUUUAUGAGAAAGCCAAACAACUCUUAAUUUUUUUUAAUAAAAUAACUUUCUGGAACAUAUUUUAGGCUGUGGAAGUACCUUUUAGCCACACAUUUUAACUAUUUUCUUCAAACUAUAGCUUUCACAGUGUUAGCAUACACGCUAAUAAUGCUAGCUUCUCCAAUUGUUACUUUUCUAGCAAAAAAGUCAUGUUAAAUGUGCUGUUAGCUAAUAAAGCAAAUGACAGAGCAAAACUAUUUCAACAGUUUUGUUCAAACUAUAGCUUUCAUGGUGUUAGCAUACACGCUAAUAAUGCUAGCUUCUACAACUUUUCCAUUUCCAGCGAAAAAGCCAUUUUAAAUGUGCUGUAGCCACCAGAGCAAAUGACAGGGCAAAACUACACUGUUGACUGAACUGUAAGAGAGACUAGUGCGUAAUAAUGGCUUAUUUAUCCGUUUUAAAUUAGGUCUGAUUAGAAUAUUUACUAUGUAGCUACUGAAGCUAUCUUGGUGGGUUCCUAAAAGUCUAAAAUUUAGGAUUUAUUACACAUCAACAUAGCCUGAAUUUGUAUGGAAGUAAAUUAAUAUAAUUAGGGUUUUUCUUAGUUUAAAUGAUGUUUGUUGUAAUUUUUUUUAUUUCUGUAAUUUGGACAUAACAUUUGUUACCAGGAGUUUACUUUGAAGCAGAAUUUUUUAAUUUUCUGUUAAACUUUCUUCUUUAAUGCCACUUGGAUUAACAUUUUUUUAGUUAAAAUGUUAAAAGGUCAACAUAAACCAAAAAUGCUUUAAUAUCUUGAAACAUAUUGUGGUUACUCCUGGUUGGGACACAUUUUCUCACCCUAGCCUUAUCAAAAAUAAGCAUACUUCAAGUACUGUAGAUGUUUUAAAGUAUACUUUAGCAUGAAAAGCAUAUUUCCCCAAGUGUACCAAGUACAAUUAAAUAGUAUAUUUGCAGUUUACUAACAAGUAUACUUCUUGGGACUGAAUUGGCCCACUUUUAGUUUAUAAAAAGUAUAGAAGUAUACUUAAAGUAACAUGGCAAACUCUAAGUUUAUCAAAGUCCACUUUUAAGUAUAUCUAAUUUAGCUUUUAAGGUUUUCUUUUAGUUUACAAGUGAUACACUUCUACUGAUUAGUGUAUAAAAAUAGAUUUUUUAAUAUAGGCCUACUGGAAAUAUCCCAAGAAUACAUCUACUCCACUUUUAAUACUGUGUACGAAAAUAUUUUAGUACAGUAACACUUAUAGGCGAAAUAUAUUUAUAUUUCUUAUUAUCUAAAAAGCAGACUAAAAGUAUACUCUCUUAAUUUUAGUUUUUAAAACGUAUACUUAAAAAAACUUGAGUGUACUUAUUUUUGGGAAGGGUCAUCUCCAGACUUUCUUACUCAUUCUUUGAUUUGCUUUUUUUCUUAGUAUACAUUUUAGUUUUUGUAAUAGUUUUUCAAAGUUUAAAUCUUGAAAGGAAAUGUUACAAGAAACCUGUUGCAACGCAAUGUUAAAAUUUUAACUUUUAAUAAUUCUUUUAAAGUCAAUUUUAUUUAAACCACAACCUGAUACAUAAAAAGUUGAAUUAAAUUAUUAUGUGAAAUAUGCAACACUUAGGAGUUAAAUAUAUGUCAUUUAUUUUCCUGAAUCAUUUCUUAAACAUUUGUCUUGAAUUUUAAAUAGAACAGGAAAGAUCAUCUAAAAAAACAAUCCAAACUCAUCCUAACAGUGCAUGAGAGGACUGGCAGGUCUGUCGUUCCCUCGUCUGUUUUCCAGCUACUGUAACUUGUUUGAUUUAUAUCAUUUCAACAUGGGUAUGUAUGUAUGUUUUGCCAGUAUAAUGACCGCAUAGGUUCUUGUCUAGAUAUUUAGCAAAAAAUAUUCCUUGUAUGUGUGCUUUGGAAAAAAAAAUAUGCAUUAGAUCAAAAGUCCUAAUAUAAAGACAACAAGCAAUAAGUUAUAGAUGUUUUUUUAUGGAAUGUUUUACAUUUACUGUACCUUACUGAAUAAAGUAGACGAUUUUUAGACA